AUCCCGAGCGGCGGCGGCGGCGGGUUUCAUGGGGCUCCUCAGGAUUAUGAUGCCGCCCAAGUUGCAGCUGCUGGCGGUGGUGGCCUUCGCCGUGGCGAUGCUCUUUCUGGAGAACCAGAUCCAGAAGCUGGAGGAGUCCCGCUCCAAGCUAGAAAGGGCCAUUGCGAGACAUGAAGUGCGCGAAAUUGAACAGAGGCAUACGAUGGAUGGUCCUAGGCCAGAUGCAGCUUUGGAUGAGGAGGAAGACGUGGUGAUCAUUUAUAACAGAGUCCCUAAAACUGCAAGCACUUCAUUUACCAACAUUGCCUAUGACCUGUGUGCAAAGAAUAAGUACCAUGUCCUCCAUAUAAACACCACCAAAAACAAUCCCGUGAUGUCCCUGCAAGAUCAGGUGCGCUUUGUGAAAAACAUAACUUCCUGGAAAGAAAUGAAACCAGGGUUUUAUCAUGGACAUGUAUCUUACUUGGAUUUUGCAAAAUUUGGCGUUAAAAAGAAGCCAAUUUACAUUAACGUCAUAAGAGAUCCUAUCGAAAGGCUAGUUUCUUACUAUUACUUUCUGCGAUUUGGAGAUGAUUACAGACCAGGCUUACGGAGAAGAAAACAGGGAGACAAAAAGGUAAUAUUUAAUUUUAAAGAUUUUUUUUUUAAAUGCAAAAGUGACUGUUUUCAUCCUCCUUGA